CUUGGCAGGAGACGCGGAAGUACAAAGCUCCAGCGGUCGCGGGAGCGUGCAGACGGGACCGUCGCCGCCCCGGGGACAUGUUGUCCUGGGAGCUGGCGCGCACGCGCCUCGCGCUCCCGCUAUUGCUGCUGCUGCUUCUGCCACCCCCACCCGGCCCGGCCAGCUGCGCCGCACCCUACGACCCGACCUGGGAGUCGCUGGACGCCCGCCCACUGCCCGCCUGGUUCGACCAGGCCAAGUUCGGCAUCUUCAUCCACUGGGGCGUGUUUUCCGUGCCCAGCUUCGGCAGCGAAUGGUUCUGGUGGUAUUGGCAAAAGGAAAAGAGACCAAAGUUUGUGAAAUUUAUGAAAGAUAAUUACCCUCCUGAUUUUAAAUAUGAAGAUUUUGCACCACUAUUUACAGCAAAAUUCUUUAAUGCAAGUCAGUGGGCAGAUAUUCUUCAGGCCUCUGGUGCCAAAUACGUUGUCUUGACUUCCAAACAUCAUGAAGGCUUUACUUUGUGGGGUUCAGAGUAUUCCUGGAACUGGAAUGCCAUGGAUGAGGGACCGAAGAGAGACAUUGUCAAGGAACUGGAAGUGGCCAUCAGGAACAAAACUGACUUGCAUUUUGGAUUGUACUAUUCCCUUUUUGAAUGGUUUCAUCCACUCUUCCUUGAAGAUGAAUCCAGUUCCUUCCGUAAGCAAAAAUUUCCAAUUUCUAAGAUGUUGCCUGAGCUCUAUGAGUUGGUGAAAAAGUACCAGCCUGAGGUUCUGUGGUCAGAUGGAGAUGGAGGAGCACCAGAUAACUACUGGAACAGCACAAACUUCUUAGCCUGGCUGUAUAAUGAAAGCCCAGUUCGGGACACAGUAGUCACCAAUGAUCGUUGGGGAGCUGGUUGCAUCUGUAAGCACGGUGGCUACUAUACCUGCAGUGAUCGAUAUAACCCAGGACACCUUUUGCCACAUAAGUGGGAAAACUGUAUGACAAUAGACAAGUUUUCCUGGGGCUAUAGGAGGAAUGCUGACAUUGGCGACUAUUUUACAAUUGAAGAGUUGGUAAAGCAACUUGUGCAAACAGUUGCAUGUGGAGGAAAUCUUUUGAUGAAUAUUGGACCCACACUAGAUGGCACCAUUUCUGCAAUUUUUGAGGAGCGAUUAAGGCAAAUGGGGACCUGGCUAAAAGUCAAUGGGGAAGCCAUUUAUGAAACCCACCCGUGGCGAUCCCAGAAUGACAGUGUCACCCCAGAUGUGUGGUAUACAUCUAAACCUAAGGAAAAAUUAGUCUAUGCCAUCUUCCUUAAGUGGCCCGCCUCAGGACACCUGUUUCUUGGCCAACCCAGAGGUAUUCUGGGGGAAACAGAGGUAAAACUACUGGGACACGGAAAGCAGCUUAACUGGAUUUCUUCAAAGCCAGAUGGCAUUAUGGUAGAACUGCCACAGCUAAGCUUUCCUCAGAUGCCCUGCAAUUGGGGCUGGGCUCUUGCUCUAACUAACGUGACCUAACAUGCAGCAGAGAGACCCAUGCUGCAGUUAGCUCUAACACUAGGAAAUGAUAGGUGUCUGUGAUUAUACUAUGUGGAGAAAGCAAAUAUAAAAUUUUAUCCCAUCUGACUCAAAUGUAUGAUAUGUCAACGUCAUUGUACUGUCAUGUGUAACUAAUUAAAACAAAUAAAAAAAAUCAAGUAAUUAGAAAACACAGCUCUCUGUUCCCUUUUCUCCCUGUUGCCUAAAUUACUCAUGGUAUCAUUUUAACUUUCACGGCACUUUACCAUUUAAGUUUUUCCUCUUCACAUUGAAUUCAUUUCCAUGUGUGUCAGAGGUAGAAUUAUUUUUUGUUUUUAGUUUUGCUUGGGAAUUAGUGGUGCUAUGGAUUAAAUUGUGUGUGUCCCCCCGACCCCACCAUUCUUAUGUUGAAGGUUCUAACCCCCGACGUGACUAUAUUUGGAAAUAGAGAUUUAUAAAGAGAUAAUUAAGAUUAAAUGAGGUCAUAAGGGCAGGGCCCUAAUUCAAUAGGACUGGUGUCCUUAUAAGGGAAAGAGGUACCAGAGAUGCAAGAGCACAGAGGAAAGCUAUGUAAAAACAUAGCAAGAAGGUCACCAUCUGCAAGACAGAAGCAUCAAACCAACCAAAUCUGCCAAUAUCUUGAUGUUGGACUUCCAGCUACCAGAACUGAGAAAAUAAAUUUCUGUUGUUUGAGCCAUC